GGGUUCGAGACGACGACAAGAGACAAGCUCUGUCUGUGGUCGGGAAAUCGAAACCAGAGCCUUGGACUGUGUCUCUGCUCUGUGGAGUAUCCAUUUUCGAUUUCUUGAAGGUGAAUCCAGCGAAUCCUUAAUCUCAAGCUCCGAGACUGUGCAAUAAACAAAACAGUAGCUAGCAGCAGCAGCAACACAUGAACUCGUGCAAAUCCCUUAUCCGUGCCUCAAUCUCUUCCUUUCCAUUUGUUCCUCUUCCAAACCCUAAUUUCUCUAUCACCUUCAUCUCCGUUCGCGCCUUUUCUCCUCUCUCUGUCCUUCAUCCAAAUUCAUCAUGUAUUGUAACAGCUCGACGCACAUUUCAUGGAGCUGUGGCUCUUUCACCGGAGAGCUUAACGGAAGAGUCUCCCAAGGAUACUGUGAAAGGAUUGUUAACAACCAAUCGUGGUGAGGCCUCAAGCUUGAUGAAGAUGGAGCGGAGGUGUAGCUUAAGCAAUGGUGAGGGUGAUUGUAGAGGAUCUUGGUUUCCUUACGAGGAUAGGUUCAGGUGUGGUGAGGUGCAUCUUAGUAGCCGUGAGGUGUUGGAGGCGGUGAGUCCUCAUAUGAUGGAAGAGAGGACAGAUAGGUUCAGGCGUGUGGUGGAGAAUCGAAGCUACUCGGUGUGUCUUGUGGUUGAAGGUCUCUCUGAUUUUGGAAACAUCUCUGCUGCUUUCCGCUCAGCUGAUGCGUUGGGGAUUCAAUCUGUACAUGUUGUUUCCUGUGACAGCUCCAAAAGGUAUAACGGAAAUCGCCAUGUGAGUAUGGGAGCUGAGAAAUGGCUGGACAUUGAGUUUUGGGACACACCUAAAGAAUGUUUCAAAGUUUUGAAGUCUCGCGGUUACAGAAUAGCUACAACUCAUUUGGGAAUGGACACGGUUUCCAUUUACGAUAUGGACUGGUCAUGCCCAACAGCAAUAGUUGUUGGAAACGAGGGCAGGUAAUGAAUAUCAUCUCUUAGUCCAAAUUUGAGGGUUCAUAAUUUCUUAAUGGAUUGAUUGGGGAAUAUGCAGGGGAAUAAGUGACGAAGCGUUGGAGUUAUCAGAUCUGCGUUGCAGUAUUCCGAUGAAUGGAAUGGUUGAUUCGUUUAAUGUCUCAGUGGCUGCAGGGAUUCUGAUGCACCACGCAGUCUCUGAUAGAACCACUCGUCUGGGAAGCCAUGGAGAUCUGUCGGAAGCAGAGAAAGAGAUAUUGAUGGCUGAGUUCUCACUUCGUCACAGUAGAAGCUCAAUUUGCAUUGCUUACGAGUUCGCUAAACGUAAACAACAACACUCUACCUCCUCCUAAUUUUGAAACCGUUGUCUUAUUCUCUCGCUGUUUUGCGUGUUAUAGGCUUCGAAUGACGCCUAUAAAAACUCUUUCGAACUCUUUUUUUGGUACGACGCUUGCUUCAUGUACAACUCUUAAAUUCUAUAAAAGACAUCCUUCUGUCGAACGUAUUGCCUUUUCAAUCGAGUGAG